CCUAACGUGUGCGCGCUGCCUCUCGACCCCGCGCUGUGGCCGUGGUCGACGCGAGCAGACACAGCGGAGCGGAGCGGAGCUUGUCGUCCGUGGAGAGAGAGAGAGAGAGAGAGAGAGACGAACCUAACCGGGGGGACAAGCACCGCAGCCCGGGGCAUGAAACAUGGAGCUCUCGGCGGCGGGAGAUCGCAUUUUCGCCGCGGAAGCCAUUCUGAAACGCCGCGUCCGUAAGGGAAGACUUGAAUACCUGGUAAAAUGGAAAGGAUGGGCAAUGAAGCACAGCACUUGGGAGCCGGAGGAGAAUAUUCUGGAUGACAGAUUGAUCCUGGGCUUUGAGCAAAAGGAACGAGAACGAGAAUUACACGGGCCAAAGAAACGGGGACCAAAACCCAAAAACCUAGUUGUGAAGGGCCGUGGCCAGAAAAGAGAGACCAGCAGCCGAGCCUCCAACAGCCGCCAGAGCACUCCACGCUCCUCUUCGUCCACCACCAGCCGAGCAGCUCCCUCCUCCUCCUUCUCCGCCUCGCCGCACCACCUGCCGUCGCCGUCGUCCUCCUCCUCUUCCUCGGCCGUGGCGCCCUCCCCCAAGCUCAACUCCCUGGCGGCCACCCACAAGCUGAAGAAAGACAUUCACCGCUGCCACCGGAUGUCCAGGCGCCCGCUGCCCCGCUCAGACCCCAUGGCGGCUGCCUUCUCGAACCCCGGCGGCUUCCCCUCCCGCAUGCACGUCUCCCCUUUCUCCGAGACCGUCCGCAUCCUCAACCGGCGCGUCAAACCCCGGGAAGUCAAGAGGGGUCGGAUUAUCCUCAACCUGAAGGUCAUUGACAAACCGGGUCGAGGCGGCGCGGCCGCGGGCGGCAGGAACAUCGCAGCCGGACGCCAAAACAUCCCAUCCCGCAACCGCAUCAUUGGUAAGAAGGGAGAGGCCCCCUACAGACCUUUUCAGCCUCCUCUGAAGAUGCUGGGGUUCCCCAUGUACGGGAAGCCGUUCGGGCUGCAGUGCGCAGGUCCGGUGCCCUUUCAACCCCACCCGGGUUCCCGCUCCAGCGCAGGGGCUAAAGGUAGCCACGCCGCCUCCUCUCAGUACCAGUCACCUCCUUCUCCUUCCAGCUCCAGCGGCUCCGAAGGGAAACCUCCCACCAAGUCCACGGCGGCACAGUCUCAGCCGGCCACCGGGACCUCGGCUUCCAAAAAGGAAGCCAAGUCCAGUAAAGCCCACACAGAGACCCAGAAGGGCGAGAGCGCCAAGCCACCGGCUCCCACCCCGUCCUCAGACCCAGCAGGGUCUCCCUUCCUCCCCUCCUCUCCGUCCUCCCCCUCCUCUUCCCUCGAGGACGACGAGGACGACGGUGCCCUGGACUCUUCUGGGACCGCGGACGGAGGCAAGAAGAGCCCUCGCCAACGCAGAGCCAAGGAUCAGCCGCCGGCCGCCCUCCCCCCGGUCGCUCCCGGCGACCAGGCCCCCGCCGACCCCCAGAGGGUGCCGGCCGAGGGGGACCCCGACUGGCACCCGGAAAUGGCGCCGAGCUGCAAGGAUGUGGUGGUGACGGAUGUGACGACCAACCUGGUCACCGUCACCAUCAAAGAGUUCCCCUCCCCAGCUUCGCCCUCCGCCAGCCCCGAGGGCGCCGCCUCCCCUCCCCCUGCCCCCGCCCCAGACGAGCCCUCCCCACUCCCCGACGUCCACCACGACUCUAAACUGACCCGCGGCGCUAUGAAGUUCGUGGUGGUGCUCGUGGGAGCGGGCGCCCUGGCCUUCCUCGGCGCGGUCAUCUGCAUCAUCGCCAGCGUUUACCCCCGAAAAAGCACCGGGCCUCAGGGAGACAACGGCACCCUGGCGUCGGAGACGUUGCUCCAGCCCCUGGAGACGGGAUCGGUGGCUCACGCCGGGCCGCUGGGCGCUCUCCACGGCGCCGAGUCGUACGACGGAGGGAACGGGAACGGGCUCGGAGGCAUCGGCCUGGAGGUCCCGGCUCUGAACGAGCUCAACCUCGGGGAGGAGACGGGUGGAGGGGGGUCCGCCAAACAGUUCAGCUUCAGCCGACUCAUCUGCACCCCUGUCCCGGUUGGAGAGUGCAAAACCAAAGAUGUGAGGCAGCGGCGAGAGGAGGAGGAGGAGGAGGAGGCGGGCGGUGAGAAGCAGCAGGCGGACGAGCCGCUGUACGGGACCGGGGAUGAAGCCCUCCGGACCACCGCGGAGGAGCUCCGGCAGAUGGUCCUGCAGCAGAACGACCAGAUCCUCAUGGACCAGAGGACCAUCCGGGAGCUGACCGGGAAGCUCAGCGAGUGCGAGAGCGGCCUGGAGGACGAGAGGAGCGUCCCGGAGCGGAGCAUCGGGGUCUGGAGCGGCAACCGCCGAGUCAUGGCCGGGGAUGAUGUGAGCUCCUCGGCGGCGGCGCAGCUGCAGACGGCGCGGGCAGUGGAGGAGCUGGCCAGGGCCAUCAUGGACCUGAAGGAUCGCAUUGAGAAACUCGAGGCGGAGAUAGGCCCCGCUGCCUUGAACCUCACCGACACAUCCAUGGGAGCAGGAGGCGGCAGUAGUGGCAGCAGCUCCAGUGGAAGCGCCGCCAAGGCUCCAGCUCCACCCUCCAGCAGCGCUUCCUCCCCGGCCGCAGGGGCCGCCCCGGGCGGCCGGCGUCCCGCUUCCCCGGCCUCCCCCGCCCCCAAGCCUCCCGCGAAGGGUUCCCCCGGGCGCGCAAAGGGCACCUGGAGGGUGGAGGACCUGGAGGGGGAGCUGGAGAGGAAGAUAAAGAUGCUGGAGAAGGAGCGACAGGCCAUGAGGAAGGAGACGCAGGGCCAGCACGAGAAGAUCAACCAGGGCAUCGACACGGUCAACCACCGCGUCACGGAGCUGGAGCACACACUGACAGAGCCGUCGUUCCCCGAUGGCUUCGUCCUCUCCUUCCCCAUGCGGACCAACUACAUGUACGGCCUGGUCAGGAAAGAGAUAACAGAGAUGUACGCCUUCACCGCCUGCGUGUGGCUCAAGGCCAAAGAAGGAGGCAUCGGGACCCCCUUCUCCUACUCUGUGCCGGGGCAGCCCAAUGAGCUGGUGCUGCUGCAGGGAGUCCACAAUCCUGUGGAGCUGCUCAUCAACGACAAGGUGGCCCAGCUGCCUCUGUCCUUGCCGCAGGACGAGUGGCAGCACAUCUGUGUCAGCUGGACGCUGAGGGACGGGGUGUGGAAGGCCUACCAGGGGGGGAAGAUGAAGGGAAGAGGAGAGGGGCUGGCUGCCUGGCAUCCCAUCAAACCUGGGGGAGUCCUCAUACUGGGACAGGAACAGGAUACGCUGGGCGGGCGCUUUGAUGCCUCCCAAGCCCUGGUCGGAGAGCUGUCCCAAUUCAACUUGUGGGAUCGGGUGUUGAAACCUCCGGAGGUGGCGGCCCUGGCCGACUGCAGCUCCUCGGCGCUGGGCAACAUCGCCCCCUGGACCGACCACGACGUGGACGUCUACGGCGGCGCCACCAAGGAGUCUCUGGACCCGUGCCACGCUGCCCAGAGAUCAAACCCCUCCAACCCCAAACAGUGAGGGGGACUGGGAGAGCCCGGGCCGAGGGCGGUCGUGUUUCAUAGGUUCAUUCAAGAGUUUAACGGCAAAUUUGGGAGUUCACAGUAUAUUUGCUUGUCGGGGGUUGAGUGGAAAGCUUGCUGGUGGACUGAAAAGAUGGCGCUAUUAAGUCGUUAAGAGUGAUGUAUCUGUUUUGUUCUUUGUGUUGGUGUCCACGCUCAUGUUUUUACUUCAGCAGUGAGAUACAGUGAGUUUAAUCACAGAAUAACCUUAGAGAAGGCUGCAUGGGUGUAUCAUCUUCUGGCAUGAAUGAGGUUUUAAUGGAGACACCGUACAGUAGUAACGUACCACCCUCUGUUUUAGGUAAUAGCCUGUUGGAACAGUUAUCAUGUGAAUGUUCAGCCACGGGAAUGGAUGGAUUUGAAUACAUUAAUGGAAUUAGCCUUUAAUAAUGCCAUAUCUAAGGGGUUUUCUCUUUACUUUCACAGCACAGUGACACAAAGCUCUGUCUUUUCUCAUCUUGUGUCCAACUGCUCUCGUGGUGAUGUUGAUUUUUUAUCACUCAAUGAGAAACAAAAUGAGUUGUCUACAUUUUUUUUUGACUGUAUAUGAUGUAAUGUCUGUGUGCUUUUUAAGUUUUCUAUACUGCAUACCAGGAUUUGGUAAAAACAGUGGUCUUAUAAAUGUGUAAUGUGUAACGUACCUAUGCUAAUGUUGCUCUUUAACGGUCUGCUCUCCCCCAUCCACCGCCGUAGCCACCCACUCGCCU